UGAAGACAAGGUUGUAAAGUGGCAGAAUUGCCCUUUAAGUGCCUUGCUCAAGGACACAGCGACAGAUUUUUCACCUUGAUGGCUCAGCUUCGGGCUGUUGCUGGCAACGGUACUUGAUGGCUUUCUUCGGGAUAACAAAUUUGGGCUAUCAAAAUCCCAUCGGAGACAAGAUGCUAGUGAAUCCACGAGCGUCUGCUUCCCACGGCGGUAAAAGGACGCCAGACUCCCUGGCCUUUACAGAUGUUGAGGUUGAUUUAAGGAGCUGGGCUAAACAGUCAAGACUGCCCCCAAUCCAAGUCCAGAGGGGACCCCCUAAAUGCACCGAUACCUGCAGCAUCUACAACCAGCCACCUCCCUUCAGCCCAGACAUACACCAAGGGAGCCAGGAGCGAUACAGAGAGAUGCUCAAACGGGUUCAGACACCCAGAUCCCCGAACCAGCUGUACUCAGUGCCCCUGACAGACAGCCAGCAGUGUGGAUGGUGGAUGCCCAAUGGAGGCCAAGGAAAUAUGCAGGAACCCUGGACCCAAGUGAGACGAUUCCCCCGCAAGAACAGUGAGAUGACCAAGUUUGUGAAAGAGAUGUCAAUGACGGACCGAGAGUUCAGCUUAUUCUGAUUUCCUAUCCUGCAGUAAGACACGCAUGCGCACGAUCCCAAGACCCUUGGGACCUUUGAACCGUAAGGACUAUUGUGGUUUAAUAAACAGCCACUUUCAACAUA